AUGCACGUAUUGCUACUGUUUUUGUAUAUUUCAGUGACAUUUGGCAAUGAGAUUCGACGGCUCCCCGAUGACGACAAGCGCAAAAUUACCGGCUACAUGAAUCUCUUUCGCAGCGAGGUGGCCCAGGGGACCAAGCGGGAUUUGGAGCUGUCGUUUAGCGACCCGAAGAAUAGUCGAUACAACGAUACCUAUCAAGGACCACCAUUUGCACCAUUGGACUAUGCUAAAGCGGCGGGAAUGUGUAAAAUGACCUACGAUCCGGAAAUGGAGAAGCUAGCUCUCGAUAUGGCGGAAAGCUACGAUCCGAAGCUGAACUUCACCCUCGCACUUCUUGACGACGUUUCGACACUAAACUACACGGUCAUCUUUCCAGAGCCCUGGCCGGCAGAGGUUCCACGGGUUACGGAUUCUCAACUCAUGGACUUCGCAUGGCAAGACUGGAACCAGUGGCACCAACUGGCCGGCAUCGUCGACAACCACUACCAUCCUGGAGAUAGCGACAAGAUGAACGAACGCAUUAAUAGAGACCGGAAUUAUGUGAUGCUGGACGAGGGGCUAAGAAAGAUCGGAUGCGUCUUUUUACAAGUAAAACAACAGGUGUACUUCAUUUGCAUGAUGGGGCCAAGAAACCUCAUCCCCGGCAAGCAGGUGUACGCAGAGGGCCCGGCGUGCUCAAAGUGUCCAGCCGAUACCAAAUGCGACCAGGAUUGGAAAUUAUGCACAGCC